CUGAAAUUUAUUGUCCGCGUAUUGAAAAUAUGAUAAACAGCCUACAACUGGGAUAUUCGGCGGGGAUUGAAUUUCAUUUGACAAGCUCGAAACUGUCAUAAACAGUGGAAUUCACGCAUCGAAUUAAACCUUCUCUUUUCUUGCACAUCAAAUAAUGUCUCGUGUUCCUAGCGUUCUCAAUCCUACCGAAGAAGACAUCCAACUCCUUUUGAGUGCCAAAUGUCACAUGGGUACCAAGAAUGCCAACAUUCGCAUGGCUCCUUACAUCUACAAGCGCCGUGCUGAUGGUAUCAACCUCAUCAACAUCGGUAAGACUUGGGAAAAGAUCGUUUUCGCUGCUCGUGUCAUUGCCGCUAUUGAGAACCCUCAAGACAUUGUUGUUGUCUCUGCCCGUCCCUACGGUCACCGUGCUGCCUUGAAGUUCGCCAAGUACGUUGGUUGUGAAGCUAUUGUUGGCCGUUUCACUCCCGGUACCUUCACUAACUACAUCACCCGUUCUUUCCGUGAACCUCGCUUGAUCAUCUGUACCGAUCCUCGCUCUGACUUCCAAGCUAUCUUGGAAGCUUCUUAUGUCAACAUCCCUGUUAUCUCUCUUGCUGACACUGAUGCUUCUCUUCAAUAUGUUGAUGUUGCCAUCCCUACCAACAACAAGGGUAAGCACGCCAUCGGUUUGAUCUACUGGCUCUUGGCUCGUGCCGUUCUCCGUCUCCGUGGUACUUUGGACUACACCACUCCUUGGGACGUCAUGGUCGAUAUGUUCUUCUACCGUGAACCUGAGGAAAUUGAAAAGGAAAACGAAGCUGCUGAAGCUGAAGGCGAAUUCAACCCUGAAGCCGCUGCUGCCGAAUGGGGUGUUGAAGGUGAUGCUGAAGGUGUUGCCGGUAUUGCCGCUGCCGCUGACUGGUCUGCUGCUCAACCCACCACUGACUGGGCUGAAGAUGCUGCUGCCCCUGCUACCUCCUCUUGGGAAGCUUAAAAAGUUUUGUUUAUAGAUUUUGAAAAUAAAACUGACAACAUUUUUGUAUUGAACCGAGAAAUCAAAAGUCAUUGAAAAAUAUAAAACAAAGAAAAAGGGAGUGACAAUAAAUACUUUUGUGUGUGUGUAAGG